UAAAACUGAAGGAGGAAAUUAUUUAUUUAAAAACUGACGCAAGGGCGCUAAAUCUAAAACAAACUGAAUAAAAUAUGAAAAUAUAUGCAGCUGCACAAUCAGAAGUUUGUGGUACACGCACGAAAGGUUCGAAUGUACAUUUAAUUAAACAAAUUAUAUAUAUAUAUAAUACGCUAACAAGAAAUGAUGGGUAGCUAGCUAGCUAACGUUAGCUUGAGACCUAGCUAGCUAGCUACGCAGUUAUUUGCAGUGGGGAAUAUCCGACAAGCUAGCUAGCAUUAUGAUUGGUAGCUAGUUAGCUACGACAAGCACCAUCUUAUAUGAUUCUAGCGUUAGCCUAUGUUGGAAGAAUGUUUAGAUGAUGUAAUUCAAGUUAUGUAAUUUGAACUGCUUGCCUGAUGUGAUUAACAUUGUAGCUACAGUAUUAUUUUGGCAUUUUCUUCGCCGACGGACUAGAUACCUACAUUUAGACAACUGGCUAACGUUAGCUAGCUAACGACGUUGAGUGACUGCAGCUGUGCCAGUAGCGCGAGUUAGGCCGCAGCAUCCUCGGCACCUCUUUGUCAGGGUACCCAUGGUAGGCUCUGUUUUUCUUGCAGAAUGGCGCCUCGCGUACAGCUUGAGAAAGCAGCCUGGCGCUGGGUCGAGUCGGUGAGACCAGAGGACAUACAACGGGAACAUAUUGAGAUAGCUUACCGAAUCUGUGUACCGGCGUGCAAGAGGGGAGCAUGCAGGUAAAUGUGCACAUUUAGCUACCUAGAUUUUCUCCUAGCUAAUUUCUUCUAUUCCCAUCCUCAAAACGUGUCCCUUAUGUCAUAUUCAACUGCUAUAAUGUUGCCAGAACAUUAAGAGUGAAUUGAUUGUGUUGCACAACUAUAUUUUCUCUGCUAUUUUAUUAUCUUGUAGUUAACUAGUCGGUUGAAUAUAAUGUGUAUACAUAGGCUACACAAUGAGAUUCCAUCUAUGGAAAGAUAGGCGAAACACUUGUCAUGACAUGUUUUCUCUAGUAUUUUGAUAUUCACAUUACUGAAUAGUAUAGACAAUUCAAUGGUAACAGAAUUACGCGGAGACUUUAAAAUGUAUACCAAACAAAAAACAUUGCUUUCAAGUUUAACAAACCAUAGAACUCUAUGCACAAGGACUACUUGUCAUGGGACAGUCAAAAUCAUGUUUCAUGAAAUUGGAUGAUAUUUGAAGAAAAAUAUGAUGACCAAAGUAUGAAAAAUGACUGUUGCUUCUACAUUGAUAACGUUUGAUCAUAGUUAUCCUACUGGUCCCCUCCCCCAUGUCAAACACUUGUAUUCAGGAGGCUGGAUUAUUUAAGGGAAAUAAGGUGACACCCUAAUGCUCAUUUGAAUACACCAAUGGUAACAUGAUAUUCUCUUACCUAAGUUAAAUAAGUACCCCCAUGUAACCAACAUAGGAGAAGGUGUUUGCAGAGGGGCGUGGUUUAUAUAGCUAAAUAGCUACUCUACUGGUGGCAAAAUGUGUCUAGGGUGUCAGCAAAUAUAGUUACAAGUUUACACUUCAUCUAUGGCAAAGAUACUUAUGUUUCCCCUUUCAUCUGUGUCUGGUGUUAGAUAGUUACUGGCUAGCUAGGUCUUUAGCCAGCAUGGAACAAAAGGGGGGAAGGGUCAUUCAAAACUCUGACACAGUUGGCAUGUCAACACAUCCGUCAGUGCUGCUGUGAACUGCAUCACAAGAAACAAACAUUUUUUGUUUUUUUUGUUUCACCUUUAUUUAACCAGGUAAGCCAGUUGAGAACAAGUUCUCAUUUACAACUGCGACCUGGCCAAGAUAAAGCAAAGCAGUGCGAUUAAAAACAACAUUGACAUCAUUAACCAGGUUUCCAUCCAACCUUUUUACACAAGUAAUGACAGGCCUGAUGGAAACAGACCAUUUUUUUCUGUAAAUGUUCCACAUUUCGAUAAACCAAAAUACGCUAGACACGGGAACUUUUUGUGUCGGUAAAAGGAAUUAUGCAAGAAAUGUCAGUGUAAAUGCUUUUGGUGCAACAUAUCGAAGUAAACUUUGUCACGUGAUGACAUGGGUGUGGUCCUCUCACUCUGACUCAUCGGGAAAGCAUGCAGUUUAUUAGGCUACAGAUGAAAUAUUAACUUCACAGGGUGGUGAAAGUGCAAGGUGAUGAGCUUGAUGCUCCUUUCCAAUAAAUAUCAAGGGUCUUAUUCUGGUGACAUGAUCCUCAAUGCUCGGCUGCAGUUUGACAAACAAAAAUAAGGCUAUACGUGUGCUCUAGCCAACAGCGCGCAGAUACAGUACUGUUGGCUAGAGCGCACGUGCCAAUACCAGAGUGGGCACACACACUAUAUAACGCAAGUUAUUUUGUGAGAAAUCCAUCAGUAGAGUUUAAAAUGUGAUGGUAACCCAUUUAACAGCAAAAUGUAUUUUUUAUAUGCACUACGUCAUCAUGCAUUAUUAUAUUAUUAUUAUUAUUAUGCAUAGCCUUUUAUCUGCAACAAGUCAAUUGGAUGGAAACAUCUCUGGUGGGAAAAAGCACAUUGUUUUUAUGCAGAUUGUAGAAUAUUCGUAUGAAAAUCUCUCGCCAAUUGAAUGGAAACCUAGCUACAGAUGCAAUUUCAAUGUUUGAGUUGCUUGAUGAUUUUACUGCAACACUGCUCAAUGCAACCAAGUUUCUUGAUAUAGAUGUUUCAAAGAGCUGUCAGUAAAGGUGAGCUCAUGAAUAUAAGCUCCCACCCACUCAGCCUGUCUUUUCAAUCUUCCUGGUAGCAAGCCAUGAGAGAAAGUAAACUACAUGACCAAAAGUAUGUGGACACCUGCUCGUCGAACAUCUCAUUCCAAAAUCAUAGGCAUUAAUAUGGAGUUGGUCCCCCCUUUGCUGCUAUAACAGCCUCCACUCUUCUGGGAAGGAUUUCCACUAGAUGUUGGAAAAUUGCUGCGGGGACUUGCUUCCAUUCAGCCACAAGCAUUCGUGAGGUCGGGCACUGAUGUUGGUCGAUUAGGCCUGGCUCGCAGUCGGCGUACCAAUUCAUUACAAAGGUGUUUGAUGAGGUUGAGGUCAGGGCUCUGUGCAGGCCAGUCAAGUUCUUCCACACCGAUCUCGACAAACCAUUUCUGUAUGGACCUCGCUUUGUGCACGGGGGCAUUGUCAUGCUGAAACAUUAAAGGGCCUUCCCCAAACUGUUGCCACAAAGUUGGAAGCACAGAAUCGUGUAGAAUGUCAUUGUAUGCUGUAUCGUUAAGAUUUCCCUUCACUGGAACUAAGGGGCCUAGCCCGAACCAUGGAAAAGAGCCACAGACCAUUAUUCCUCCUCCACCAAACUUAACAGUUGGCACUAUGGCAGAUGCCAGGAGAACGUUACCAAACCCAGAUUCGUCCUUUGGACUGCCAGAUGGUGAAGCGUGAUUCAUCACUCCAGAGAACUCGUUUCCACUGCUCCAGAGUCCAAUGGCGGCGAGCUUUACACCACUCCGGCCGAUGCUUGGCAUUGUGCAUGGUGAUCUUAGGCUUGUGUGCGGCUGCUCGGCCAUGGAAACCCAUUUCAUUAAGCUCCCGACGAACAGCUCUUGUGCUGAUGUUGCUUCCAGAGGCAGUUUGGAAGUCGGUAGUGUUGCAACCGAGGACAGACGAUUUUUAAGCGCUUCAGCACUCGGCUGUCCCGUUCUGUCAGCUUGUGUGGCCUACCACUUCGCGGCUGAGCUGUUGUUGCUCCUAGACAUUUCCACUUCACAAUAACAGCACUUACAGUUGACCGGGGCAGCUCUGGCAGGGCAGAAAUUUGACGAACUGACUUGUUGGAAAGGUGGCAUCCUAUGACGUUGCCACGUUGAAAUUCACUGAGCUCUUUCAGUAAGGCCGUUCUACUGCCAAUGUUUGUCUAUGGACAUAUUUAGCAUUUCUAUUCCCCCAAAAAUAUUAUGGGUGAUUUAUUUUAGUCACUCAAAAUACUAUUUUACAUGAAUCAGAAUGACUGUUUGGGACCUUGUUAAAUGUUCAGUGGAAAUUGUUAAAACAUAUUUACAGGCACUGUAGAGAUACAAAGUUUGGUAACAUAAUAGAACUGAGGGAGAUUUAGCAUCUGCACAGUUUUUCCAGUAAGUUUAUUUUAUUUACUUUAUAAAUUCUUCAAAAUAUUGUGCAUAGAGUUGUAUGGUUUUUUAAAACUCAGUGGUUUUUGUUUGGCAUGCAUUUUUUAAAGUGAAAGAUUGGAGUCUCACAGGGAAUUCCACUGUAAUAUAAUUACUUUAUCUGCUUCCUAAUGCUUGAUGUCAUUCCUUGGUAUUAAAGGAAAGGUUGACCCAUUUUGAAUGUUAUAUUGCUUUUGUGCAUCUGAGUGAUGUUCUAUCGAUUCCUUGGGUCAUUUAAUGUUUUCAUGUGUAUCUGAGUUAUUGGCGUUCAAGCAGGCAGAAAUCCGGACAGUAUGAUGUAGCACUGUGAUAGUCGCUCUCACUACACUGGAAGUUAAUAGGAAUACGACUUUUAGAUCGCGAAACCGUCUAUCAUACAUGUCAGAUUUCAAUACUAGUCAAUGUCAUAACUCGGGAGGAUGUCUUCUCGCGAAUGAGCCAUUGAUCGUAUUUUUGCGAUAUUCCUUCCACGAGAAAUGUGUAAUUUAACGGAGGGUCUAGCACAUUCUUCCUAUCUGUCUGCCUCUAUAGUCCAGGGUGCAUUGCAUGGUGCCGUUAUCAGAGAUAUUAUAGAAAGGAGAUAGCAAUCCAAUGAAUGAAGGAACGUAUAACGCCCCACCCAGCAGACUGUCAUGCUGCGUCACACAAUCCCUUCUCAAAGUCGGUGUAUAUGUCGAGAAACCUGCCUAUUUUCCUCGAAAGUAUGUAAUGUACGAUUUUAAAGCUAUACGAUAUUACAGAGAGCAAGUUAAUUAUCUCACAUCUAGGAAAAUAUUUGUAAUGUUGUACUUCAGGUUGAUGAAAUUCGUGCUAAUGUUGGGUUUUUGAGCAAGCGCCCAAUAGACUCCCAUUCACUCCUUGAAGAAGAGCGCUCCUUGUCCCAGAAUCGCUUGAAUGCACCGCGUGGCCCAUUGACGUAGCAUGGGAAACGUUUCCCAUCUCCUCAAAAGUAUAUCUGCCGUUGCGAAUGUCAGACUCCACUCUGAGCCACACCGAUCUGCAGGUUCAAAAUGUUGAGAUUAGUGCAUGUUUUUUUUUGGCGAUUUUACAGCUAACUGUCUUUGGUAUUAUUGUGUGUAGCUUCGUUCGCUUGCUAGCCACAACGAUUUUCCAUGUUGCUACCAAACUUAUUAUAAAGCCAAAAUGAAACAUUUGUUCACAGAAAAUAUUAUUCUCACAUAUUAGUGUUGUCUAACACAGUAAAUAAGGAAUGAGUGGUUUUGGUUGGAUUUUUCCUUUAAUGCCUGAAGCCACUAUCUUUGCUUGAAAAAUAUGUGAAAGAGAUUGUUGUUAGGAUACUGACGUCUCUCCCCCUGACUUUGCUUAUACAGGAGGAAUUGCAAAGGGAACCCAAAUUGUCUUGUCGGUAUUGGGGAACAUGCCUGGUUGGGAGAGAUCGACGAGAACACCUUCCACAAUAUUGACGAUCCAAACUCGGAGCGUCGGGACAAGGUAGGCCUACCUCCACAACGUUCAACAUGAACACAGAUUUACACCUGCAAGGAUGUGCUCCUGCCUAUUUGUGAAUCCACAUUACUUAGUUCCACUUCAAGUUAAACUGUCUGCCUUUUGAUCUGCACUGAUUUGAAAACACUGGAUGAGUAAGAGACAAGUUUGUUUGAACUUCCUCCCUCUCCCCUCCCUCUUAGAACACGUUUGUGGGUCUGACAAACCUGGGCGCUACGUGUUACGUCAACACCUUUCUGCAGGUGUGGUUCCACAACCUGGAACUGCGCAGGACCCUGUACCUGUGUCAGAACGCCAGGGCAGAGGAGCACAACAUGGACUCAGGUGUGCAAGCCCUCAGAGAUAAGCCCAACCAUAUAGAUGACCUCAGAUAAACCCAAAUUGUAGAGCUGAAACACAUUUUUCCCUUUCUCAGACUACGAGCCUCGCAGCAUAUGUGAACACCUGCAGUACCUAUUUGCACUGCUGCAGAACAGCAACAGAAGGUACAUCGACCCAUCAGGGCUGGUCAAGGCUCUGGGGCUGGACACAGGACAACAGCAGGUAGAGACCAAUUAUAUUUUUACAUGUACAGGAAAAGUCUGUGUGAAGAGUUCACAAUGUUUGGAAGAAGGUUAUUUGUUUUGACAGUGGCUAUAGGAAGAAAACAAAUAAUACAAUUAAAAUUGAAACUGUGUUUUUAUUUUACUCUCUCUUUCUCCUACCUGUCUUCCUUUCUUUCACUUUCAGGACGCGCAAGAGUUUUCCAAGCUCUUCCUCUCGCUAUUGGAGGACACCUUAUCCAAACAGAAGAACCCAAACCUGCAGAAUGUCAUCCAGCAGCAGUUCUGUGGACAGAUGUCUUACUUCACUGUGUAAGCCAGGAAUACAUUCACCCAUGAACUUUAAUCAGACUUAAAUAACAUUCUAACAACCUAGUUGUAGUUUUAUUUGUUAGAAUUUGGAAUCUUCCGGUUGCCAUGAGAGAUGUCCUUGUCCUUUCUUGCUUUAUGGGUGGGUUUUUAUAAAGUCAAGCGUCUGACUAUUUUGUGCUUUGAUAUCAGUGGUGGUGCCAGUCAGAAGUGAAAUAGGAUUUAACAGUCUUUUAUUAGCAUCAUAAAGGCAGAUGGAAAAGUGCUGUGUCAGGUUAACUGGAUGGUCUAUGUCAGGCCAGACACUAGGGUUUUUUACUAGAGGUUCUGGCUUUGUGGCUACAAAGGUUAUGCUUUUAUCUGGGCCACGCUUUUGCCAUAUGAUUUUGGAUCAAGAUCAAAAAAAUGUUUUUGGACUACCUUGUUUAGUUUUGUUGCCAACCUCCCGAGUGGCACAGUGGUCUAAGGCACUGCAUCGCAGUGCUAGCUGUGCCACUAGAGAUCCUGGUUUGAAUCCAGGCUCUGUCGUAGCCGGCCGCGACCGGGAGACCCAUGGGGCGGCGCACAAUUGGCCCAGCAUCAUCCAGGGUAGGGGAGGGAAUGGCCGGCAGGGAUGUAGCUCAGUUGGUGGUGGGUUCGAUUCCCACGGGGGGCCAGUAUAAAAAAUAAUGUAUGCACUCACUAACUGUAAGUCGCUCUGGAUAAGAGCGUCUGCUAAAUGACUAAAAAUGUUUAAAAAAAAAUAAUAAUAAUAAUGUAAAUCAACCCAGACUUCUACAGAACACAGAUACAUUUCAGUCCUCUGAGAAAAAGAAAUAACAGGUGCAGACUUUGCACUGGUACGGACACUGAGUAAACCUGUCCCUGAGUGUUUCCCUCUCUGGCUUUAUGACACAGGUGUAACCAGUGUGGUCGUGCUUCUCCUCUGCCGUCCCGAUUCUACGAACUGGAGCUCAACAUCCAGGGCCACAAGAACCUUACAGAAUGUGUCACAGAGUUCCUCAAGGUAACCAUGUAUUAUGACAUCAGUUCCCCAAGGUAACAAUGAAGCCAUAAGACUGCUAAAUAGCUAACAAAAUGGAUGAUCUGAGUUGGCCCUUGUAUUACAUUUUUUUUUUUUUGCACGGUCUCUAUGCACACUCACAGGACUCUACACACUCAUGCACACUGACACUUCAACACACACACUCCAUUUGCUCGCACACACAUUAAUACUGACUCUAGACACACACUCGCAUACAAUCAUCAUGUACGCUGCUGCUACUCUGUUGAUCAAAUAUCCUGAUGCCUAGUCGACUUGCGUCUAUACAUAUCGCUCCACUAUCCCUGCACAUUGUAAAUAUGGUAUUGGAACUGACCCUGUAUAUAGCUUCUUACUACUCAUGUUUUUCUUAUUUUUAUUUCUUGUGUUUUUUUCUACCUUAUGUUAUUUUUAGUACUACAUUUAUAUUGAUUACUGAGUUGUUGGGUUUAGAAUGUGCAAGAAAGGUAUUUCACUGUACUUGUGCACGUGACAUUGAAACUUGAAACAAUGUGUAAUGAUAUCAGUGUUCCCAACGGUAUUAAUGCAUUGACAUCUGUUCCCCAAGGUAUCAAUGCAUUUUGACGUCAGAGUUCCGCAAGUAACAAUGAAUUAGGACAUCAGGGUUAUUUCCCCUAGGUAACAGCGGAGGUGCAUAAAGAUAGGGCCCGGCACAGUCCAAUGGCCACCCACCAAAAAUGGAAUUGCAAAAUUUCAACUACACUAUGUAGUUAAUGUUUUGAACAUGAAUACUGUGCGAUUCAAAACGUGUAAUAUUUGCCCAUUUUUAUUUAAUCAAAGUUUUGAAAUUUAGCAUCAAAUCACAGCGCGUGUGCUCCGACGUUGCUAAGUUUAGUCUUGGUUACUUUUGUUGCACACUGGCAAACAUAACUAUUUGUGCGUUCGGUGUUCAUCCUUGCAUCAGCUCAACCAACAUAGUAAAGUAAAUAUGUUUUAACCAUGUACAGUAAUUUUUCUCUGUUAAUAUAAGACAUUUUGUCAGCUGUAUUUAGCCUACAAGGGCCGUCAUUGCUCUUGCCUGCUAGCCAAACUAAAGAUGGCACAACGUUUGCUGGCUAACACAGCUCUCAAAACAAGCAAGGACCUGACAGCUAAAUAAAGCGCUGUUCUGGCUUCUGUGAAAUAUCUAUUCAGCAUGUUUCAACAGCUUCUUAUCUCGUAUUGUUUCGUGAUUCGUCCGGUCCGGUACAUGCGUUGCUUUCUGCAAGCAUGGACAACGGAACGUGUGUAACAAUUGUAACCAAGAUGCAACCUCGUACUGUUGCUAGGGGAAAUUACCCAAAAUGUGCAAUGAUUUCAAAAUCGGUCCUUUUGAUUUAUAAUUUUAAAUUAAUGUGCAACUUUUACAAGUGUUGAACAACACAGUGUUCAUAUUCAUAAAAUUAUCUAUGUAAUGAUGUUGAAACGUUGUAGUUUUGUUUCCUGAGUCACAGAAUGCCUUUUCUGAAGCCUUUUUUGGUGUGUGGCCCUUAGGCAACCAUGCACUUACCACAAAUGCCUUGUUUACCAAGUUAGCCGUAUUGUACAUUGCUCUCCGUUAAUCUUUUUUUGUAUCGUCAUUAGCAUAGUAUACAUGCUCCAAGACGCAGGCAAUUUGAGAAUCAGAAAAACGUAGAUUGUGCUGAUAUAUUGCUGCAUUGAACUCAAUGGAUGGUUUUUAAAUAAUGACGUCAUAUCUGAAUUCCGACAUCUUUAUGCACAUUUGACAUUAAUUGUGACAACACUCAAUAUUUGUGAGUUGGGUUUAUUUGAGUUUUUUAUUAAAUCACCCUGUGAACUCUCCCUGCAGGAGGAGAAGUUGGAUGGUGACAACCGCUACUUCUGUGAGAGCUGCCAGAGCAAACAGAACGCCACUCGACGCAUCAAACUGCACAGCCUCCCACGGGUACUCAACCUGCAGCUCAUGCGUUUCGUUUUCGACAGGUCAGUUUGAUUCAUUCAGUCUGUAGUCUCUAGUCUAGCACCCUUUACUACCCACCCUGAGGAGUGGCCAUAUGCAUUAGACUAUCACUGAGGGUCAAUGCAACAACUCUAACUCGGUGGUGUUGCUCAAUGUUGUCUUUCCACCUCUGAUUUCCAGACAAACUGGUCACAAGAAGAAGCUCAACACCUUCAUCAGUUUCCCAGAGCAGCUGGACAUGGGCCCGUUUCUGGAGGAAAAAGGUAUUGCCAGCCUCAUUCUGAACAUGUGACCAAAUAUUUCAUGAUAAAGAUGGAUAUCGCGUCAUCUUCUAUGCUCGGACACGCCUACCCGUGACGUAUUUGAUGUUGCGCUACAUGACCGAAGUUCUGUGAGAGUAUUUUUGACAAUGGUAUGAAGGUUGUUCCAUUUGAUUUCAAUCACUUUUUGACGGCACCCCUUUUGAUUUGAAUGAAACUUUCUAUGCAUAUUUGCCCAUGGUAGAAUUGGUCCGAAAGUAACUUUUUAGACCUGAAUGACCCAUUUUGCAUACCCCACCAUACCAUGAGAUGACAUCCUUGUCUUCACACUGGAAAAUUUUUUACGAUUGACUUGAUAUCAAUUUGAUAAUUUCUUUUAAAAAAUGUUUUGUAAUAAGUAAUUUUCUUAACCUUUCACAAAUUAUUUAACGCGUAAAGUCAGUUUGUUUUUCAUUUUUGCAUAUGUUAUAACUUAGAUAAUAUUUUACAUCAUCUGAAGUGUUUGUGUUGUGCCCGCCAUUGGUUGAGACACAGCAUGCUCUCGAAUACAGGGAGGGUGUCAUGUUUUGGCUAAUAAACGUUUUAAAGUGCGAAUACAAUUAAAAUGUCAACUUUCAAAUGGUAGCACAACGAUGGUUGGAGGUCCACACAUCAGAGAUACUGACUUGAAUGGGAAUGUAAUUUCUUUAAAAGUACACUGUCAAUCUGCCAUUUGGAAACCUAUUGAAAUCAUAGAAAUAUAGAUAAUCGAAUAGACAUUACUCUUUAGGUCGACAUUCAACGUUUGGUGGAACAGCGGCCAUCUUUGUGAUAGUAAUUAGAAGUAGAAAAUGUAAUUCAAAUAAAAUGUCAAUGAUUUACUAGCUAAAUUGCAGUAUAUUUGUAUGAAUUUUAGAUGUACUUUUUAUAGAAUUUUUAUAGAAAUAAUAAAUUAUAAAAUAGUUUGACAACCCUGUUUGUAAACUUUUUUAAAUAUAUCAAACUCAACCAUUUAUCUUUUCCGGUGAUGAAGACAUGGAUGUCUCAUGGUAGGGUGGGGUCAAAAAGUGAAUGAAAUCAAAUGGAACGACCCAUGAUAAGGCUGCAGACACACAUAAUCCAUGCUGUGGAAAGUUGGUUAGUCUGUGUGUGUGUGUUUGUUUUGGGCCUCUUUGGGUGACAUCCCCAGAAGAUGAGAAGUGUGUGUACGAGCUGAGUGCAGUCCUGAUCCACCGCGGGGUCAGCGCCUACUCGGGUCACUACAUCGCCCACGUGCGAGACGCCCGCACCAGCGACUGGUACAAGUUCAACGACGAGGAGAUUGAGAAGAUGGAGGGCAAGAAGCUACAGCUGGGCUUAGAGGAGGACAUCGGUGAGCCUCCCUGAGUCCCUGCUCCUCCCUGCCUUAGUCCACUUGUACCCCCCUUCACCUCUCCUCCCUUUUCUUUCCAUUCACUUCCCUGAAUUGUAGCUGUAUCAUUUUGUAAUACAUCUUGGUUAAAAAUGGGCAGCUGUUUAGUGGUAAAUGUCCCGCCCUUACCACUCUUCAUCGCUGCUUCUCUUAUACGCAUUCUCUGCUGUUCUUCUGGUCUUUCUCCAGCCGAGACUGUGAAGUCCCAGACCCGUAAGCCCAAGUGCAGUAAAGGAUACCACUGUUCCAGGAACGCCUACAUGCUGGUGUACAAGAGCCAGGGAGAGGAGGACACUGACCCCAUGGAGACCAACGUUGAGGUGCCAGGUGAGAAUCUAACUACUGUACUGCACCUGGUGAUUACUGUAGUACAAUACAUCAUGUGCAAGGUAAGAAUUGAGCUAGCUAAAGGGCUGCAGUUUGUACAGACCUUUGACAUACUUGAUUCAAAUAGUCACGAAGUCAACACCCCAGGUAAAAAUAGGUAAGAAUACAUGUAUAGGUGGUAAAAGCUAUGCCCUAGUAAGAUUAUUCCCUAGUGAAUUGUAUUGUUCUAUAUUCCCUGAUAUUGUAAAAUUGGCUAAAUGUGCAUGGUACACUACCUGUUGCUGCAGAAGCCUUGUGGUUAGAAUGUUGUGGUUGUAUGACCUUUGAACCCAGCUAUGGGAGCUGUGAUGUCAGUGGGAUCCCUCUAUCUGUGCCAGGCUUUCUGGAGAGGCUGGUGGACCGAGACAACAGGAAGUUUGAGGAGUGGUGCCUGGAAAUGGCCGACAUGCGCAAGCAGAGCGUUGACAAGGGCAAGGCCAAGCACGAAGAGGUGAAGGAACUGUACGAGCUUUUACCAGCGGAAGAUGGUUCGUAAAAACAUUACCCCAGACACAUCACAAUAUUGCAAUAUGAAAGUAGUUCUAUGUUCAUGAUGGUGUAUAAUGCCGGUGUUUUUCACUAGUGCUGGCUGUCGGCUUAACAGACUCAUUUUCAGCCGACUACCUUUUCCACUUACAUUAACUACGCUACUUUUCAAUAAAUUUGUCAGAAAAAGUCAGCCGAGCCCCCUCCCGCAAGAAUGAACGAUAUGCAUCUUCUAGCGAUCUAUUGAUAGGGCAGGCGCCUGUCAUUCAAAGUGAGCGACGAAAGGGAAACACUGCUAGUUUGACAGUCUGCUGUCUGUCCCGCCUCCCGGUACCUGUGGGCAGUGUGAUUUGUGUGCGCUGUGGUUGGUUGCAGUCUAAUUUCUUUAUACUGAGGAGGGGGAGAGCAUGAUGCUCCUUCAUCAUCUCUGUGAGUGAAUUUCAAGACACUACAGUGUGACCAUUUUACUAGCAUUUGCACCUAAAAAUAAAUGUGUGAAUUGAAAAGAUAAAGUAUGAGCACAUGUGUGAGUUGUGAUUUAUAGCAAAUAAAACGUGGAAUUUUAAGAUGGUUGUGUUGGAUCCCGUGUAGCUCAGUUGGUAGAGCAUGGCGUUUGCAACGCCAGGGUUGUGGGUUCGUUUCCCACCGGGGGCCAGUAUGAAAAUGUAUGCACUCACUUAACUGUAAGUUGCUCUGGAUAAGAGCGUCUGCUAAAAAACUUAAAUGUAAAUCAUUUAGCUAUUUGAUUUAGAAUUUUAGGACCCCUCUAGGUAUAAAAACAUAUAUAUAUAUUUGAUAUAACAUUGAAUUUGGCCUUUACCGCUAUAGCCCAUAUAAACGCAUUGAAAACACAUUCAUAAAUGAUAAAAAAGACAGUCAAAAAAUAAAUCAUAAGGAAGAAUGUUUUGAAGUGUCUGUCCUAUAUCUAGGAGAUACAAGAAAGCUCAGAAGAAGAAGAAAAAACACUUAGCAGCUGAGCCGUUGUUGCUCCUAGACAUUUCCACUUCACAAUAACAGCACUUACAGUUGACCAGGGCAGCUCUAGCAGGACAGAUAUUUGACGAACUGACUUGUUGGAAAGGUGGCAUCCUAUUACGGUGCCACUUUCAAAGUCACUGAGUAAGGUCUUCAGUAAGGCCAUUCUACUGCCAAUGUUUGUCAAUGGAGAUUGCAUGGCGUUGUGCUCGAUUUUAUAACUGUCAGCAACGGGUGUGGCUGAAAUAACCGAAUCCACUAAUUUUAAGGGGUGUCCACAUACUUGUGUGUAUAUAGUGUAUUUAGUUUUGAACAGUUUGCGCUAGAGACGAGCAGUUUGCUGAAUUGUAAAGGUGCGACCACGGACACGAAGCCAUGCUUAGUUUGUUUCUAUGGCAGAGGCUGUGUGGUACAGCUAAGCCUAAUCAGACUUGCCUGUGCUAAUGGUUCUCACAGGCAAAGUCAAUUAUACAUAUGACUUUGCUUGUGAUGCGCGCCCCUCAAAUGAUACCGUAACAACAGCCUGAGCGAACUAGACUUGAAACAACGAUACAGAUGUAACCAUGUGCCUGCCAUUCAAUGUAUUGUCUUUGCUGCACUGGUACUCCCAAGUCAAAAUUCCAUGUUCAUUCCACAGGUCACGUUUAUAAGUGAGUGUUAAACAAAUGUAUCAAGAUUAGGAAAGGUUUCGCGGCACACCAGUUGAAAACCACCAGUGUUGGGGAAGCUACUCUGAAAAUAGUGUUUACCAAGCUACCAAUUACUUUACACUGGAACAAGUUAAGCUACAAUAAAGCUACCCCUUAAGAAAAAUGUAGUUGACUUAACUAAAGUUACUUUUAAAAAGUAGUUCACUACAUCCAAAUCAGAAAAAAAUAUGUUUACAGAAUGUGAAAUAGUUUCAAGUGAGAAUGAGGCAGGUCUGAUGUGAAAAAGAAAGGAUAUUCUUGCCUACUUCACCCAUAUUUUAUUUUUGCCCCAAAAUAGUGUAGUUCCAGUAGUUAGCUACACGGCAAAAAAGUAAUGAACUACUGAAAACACUACCUAGAUUUGACUUUAGUUCAACUACCACCACGCUACAACAAAAUGUAGUUAAAUUACUAGUUGAACUACAUGUAGUUCACUACUCCAGCACUCCACUGCAGUAGGCUUGCCAAGAUGAAUGCUUUUUUUUUUUUUUUAUGCUAUCAACAGUAGCCAGCCUAUUGCUGGUUUGUUCGGUAUAGAAGGUUUACUUUUGUAAAUCACUUUCCCUAAAAUAAAUAAAUAAGCUCAGCGUGUGGAUUGAUGAGUGCUUCUUUUUGCUCUGCAGUCUGCACAGCUCCCGUGUGCAGUGCAUCAACUGAUGUACUUCUCCAGAAUGACAAGUUGUGACAUGCAGGGAGCGUGGUGUGGGUUUGACGACAUUUUUACAUUUGAGUCAUUUAGCAGACGCUCUUAUCCAGAGCCACUUGCAGUUAGUGAGUGCAUACAUUAUUUUUUUAUUUUUCAUACUGGCCCCCCCUGGGAAUUGAACCCACAACCCUGGCGUUGCAAACGCCAUGCUCUACCAACUGAGCUACACGGGAUCCAACACAACCAUCUUAAAAACCCAUGUUUUUUUUGCUAUAAAUCACAACUCACACAUGUGCUCAUACUUUACCUUUUCAGUUCACACAUUUAUUUUUAGGUGCAAAUGCUAGUAAAAUGGUCACACUGUAGUGUCUUGAAAUUCACUCACAGAGACGAUGAAGGAGCAUCAUGCUCUCCCCCUCCUCAGUGUAAAGAAAUUAGACUGCAACCAACCACAGCGCACACAAAUCACACUGCCCACAGCUGCCGGCCAUUCCCUCCCCUGCCCUGGACGACGCUGGGCCAAUUGUGCGCCGCCCCAUGGGUCUCCCGGUCGCGGCCGGCUACGACAGAGCCUGGAUUCGAACCAGGAUCUCUAGUGGCACAGCUAGCACUGCGAUGCAGUGCAAUAUUUGAUAUUGCUCAAAUACAAAUGGCAUGACUUUUCCGUGUGUUGUCUUCAAUGGUUUUCAAUGGCAGACUGUGACGGGGCAGGUACAUGUCGCUAAAACCGCAUUAUAAACUGGGUGGUUCGAGCCCUGUAUGAUGAUUAGCUGACAGCCAUGGUAUAUCAGACCGUAUACCAUGGGUAUGACAAAACAUAUUUUUACUGUUCUAAUGAUGUUGGUAACCAGUUUAUAAUAGCAAUAAGGCACCUCAGGGGUUUGUGGUAUAUGGACAAUAUAAAGUCUUGGUCAAAAGUUUGAGAAUGACACAAAUACUAAUUUUCAAAGUCUGCUGCCUCAGUUUUGAUGAUGGCAAUUUGCAUAUACUCCAGAAUGUCAUGAAGAGUGAUCAGAUGAAUUGCAAUUAAUUGCAAAGUCCCUCAUUGCCAUGAAAUGAACUUAAUCCCCAAAAAACAUUUCCACUGCAUUUCAGCCCUGCCAUAAAAGGACCAGCUGACAUCAUGUCAGUGAUUCUCUUGUUAACACAGGUGAGAGUGUUGACGAGGACAAGGCUGGAGAUCACUCUGUCAUGCUGAUUGAGUUAGAAUAACAGACUGGAAGCUUUAAAAGGAGGGUGGUGCAUGAAAUCAUUGUUCUUCCUCUGUUAACCAUGGUUACCUGCAUUGAAACACGUGCCGUCAUCAUUGCUUUGCACAAAAAGGGCUUCACAGGCAAGGAUAUUGCUGCUAGUAAGAUUGCAUCUAAAUCAACCAUUUAUCGGAUCAUCAAGAACUUCAAGGAGAGAGGUUCAAUUGUUGUGAAGAAGGCGUCAGGGCGCCCCAAGAAAGUCCAGCAAGCGCCAGGACCGUCUCCUAAAGUUGAUUCAGCUGCGGGAUCGGGGCACCACCAGUGCAGAGCUUGCUCAGGAAUGGCAGCAGGCAGGUGUGAGUGCAUCUGCACACACAGUGAGGCGAAGACUUUUGGAGGAUGGCCUGGUGUCAAGAAGGGCAGUAAAGAAGCCACUUCUCUCCAGGAAAAACAUCAGGGACAUUUUACAUUUUAGGGACAGACUGAUAUUCUGCAAAAGGUACAGGGAUUGGACUGCUGAGGACUGGGGUAAAGUCAUUUUCUCUGAUGAAUCCCCUUUCCAAUUGUUUGGGGUAUCCGGAAAACACCUUGUCCGGAGAAGACAAGGUGAGCGCUACCAUCAGUCCUGUGUCAUGCCAACAGUAAAGCAUCCUGAGACCAUUCAUGUGUGGGGUUGCUUCUCAGCCAAGGGAGUGGGCUCACUCACAAUUUUGCCUAAGAACACAGCCAUGAAUAAAGAAUGGUACCAACACAUCCUCAGAGAGCAACUUCUCCCAACCAUCCAAGAACAGUUUGGUGACAACCAAUGCCUUUUCCAGCAUGGUGGAGCACCUUGCCAUAAGGCAAAAGUGAUAACUAAGUGGCUCGGGGAACAAAACAUUGACAUUUUGGGUCCAUGGCCAGGAAACUCCCCAGACCUUAAUCCCAUUGAGAACUUGUGGUCGAUCCUCAAGAGGCGGGUGAACAAACAAAAACCCACAAAUUCUGACAAACUCCAAGCAUUGAUUAUGCAAGAAUGGGCUGCCAUCAGUCAGGAUGUGGCCCAGAAGUUAAUUGACAGGGCGGAUUGCAGAGGUCUUGAAAAAGACAGGUCAACACUGCAAAUAUUGACUCUUUGCAUAAACUUGAUGUAAUUGUCAAUAAAAGCCUUUGACACUUAUGGAAUGCUUGUAAUUAUACUUCAGUAUACCAUAGUAACAUCUGACAAAAAUAUCUCGUAACACUGAAGCAGCAAACUUUGUGAAGACCAAUACUUGUGUCAUUCUCAAAACUUUUGACCACGACUGUACCACGGCUAAGGGCUGUGUCCAGGCACUCUGCGUUGCAUCGUGCAAAAGAACAGCCCUUAGCCGUGGUAUAUUGGCCAUAUACCACACCUCCUCUGACCUUAUUGCUUAAAUAACAUCUGCGAAAUAUGUGUAUGCAACCAAAAUUGUAUUUGAUGUCAAACUGGAACGAACUGCAAAAAUCUCUGAAGCUGGAGACACUAAUCUCCCUCACUAACUUUAAGCAUAAUUUGUCAGAGCAGCUUACCGAUCACUGCACCUGUACACAGCCCAUCUGUAAUUAGCCCACCCGUAAUUAGCCCACCCAACUACCUCAUCCGCAUAUUGUUAUUUAUUUUGCUCAUUUGCACCCCAGUAUCUCUAUUUGCACAUCAUCUUCUGCACAUCUAUCACUCCAGUGUUAAUACUAAAUUGUAAUUAUUUUGCACUAUGACCUAUUUAUUGCCUUACCUCCAUAACUUACUACAUUUGCACACACUGUAUAUAGAUUUUCUAUUGUGUUAGUGACUGUACGUUGUCGUUUAUUCCAUAUGUAACUCUGUGUUGUUGUUGUUUUUUAUCGCACUGCUUUGCUUUAUCUUGGCCAGGUCGCAGUUGUAAAUGAGAACUUGUUCUCAACAGGCUUACCUGGUUAAAUAAAAAAUUAACUGGAAUGCAAAAUGCGCUGAGAAGUUCCUGGCCCCGGGCCUGCGGGCCAUCGUUAAUGUCGGACCCUGCAUGUUUCUGUGUUUAUUUCUUACAGGCCAAGAGUAUGAGUUUGUGCCUCUGGAGUGGCUGAAGAAAUGGUUGGAUGACUCGACGGUCACCAAAGAAAUCGACAACGGCAACUUCCUGUGUUCUCACGGUAAACUGCACCCCGACAAGGUGGGGGAGGCCAAGAGGAUCUCCGUCAACGCAGCAGAGCUUCUCUUCAACAAAUAUGGAGGAGGACCCAGGCUAGAUGGUAAGAGCCGUUGCGAUGGCUGACUUGCAGUGGAUAUUCUCAGCUGCUCUCUGCAAACUCUGACCUCUUCUGUGUGUGACCCUGUGUCCAGGUUCAACUCUCUGUGAGGAAUGUGUGGGGCAGAGAUGCAGAGUGCUGCGGCUAAAGAACCAGCUGGCCGAGGAUUACAAAGAAGUCACCAACCUUGUCAAGGGCCCGCCCAAAAGGUAACCACUGACUCCCUCAGAUUCAUGGCAUCAUUUUGUGUCCGUAAAACGGUAGGUCAAAUUAACCGUAACUUUGUAAGUAGACGGAAUGGACUUAUACAAAAUAAAAUAAAGUUAGUAAUACUGCAGCUAGUGAUUGUAUCCUGUGCACGUGUGUGUUCUUACGUCUCUCCCCUAUCCGACAGUGAUGAGGGGUACUGGGCGGGCAAGACGUCUCUGCGGAGCUGGAGACAGCUGGCCUUGGAGCAGCUGGAGGAGGACGAGGAGGAGACCAAACACAGCGAUGGUAAAACCAACGGAGAGGGACCAGAGAUCACUGCUACUAAAGGUACACAAACCAGCAGAGAUCACAAAUCUUACAACGACCAGUUAUCACAGUGACUGAAGGUAGAGUAGAGAACUACAUUAUUAUUAUUAUUAUUAUUAUUAUUAUUAUUAUUAUUAUUAGAAUCAAGUGAGAAAUAACAUGUAUUCCCCUCUUUGUGCAGAGAUCAUGAUGAUUGAUUAUUGCUGUCUGAUUCUUGUCUUUAUCAAAGUGUGGCCCGCUAUGUUUGACUAUUGCUGUCUGAUUCCAGAGUACGGCCCAGAGAACCAGGAUGGAGAAGAGGAGGAGAUGAAGACCUUCAACGAGGACAUCCUCUGUCGGCACGGCGGUCUGAGUAUCCUGGAGAGCGAGCGGCGGCUGGUGACUGAGGAGGUGUGGUCCAAACUGAGGGUGUACUUCCCCAAAGCCCCCCAGUUCACCCAGCUACAGGAGCCCUGUCAGCAGUGCCUGGUAAGAAGGGAUGGACGGACGGACGAGGUGGGAGGGAUUAGAGACCCUGUAAAACAAUGUCUCUCCCUACUCCUGUCUACUCUAGCCUUGUAAAGAAAAAAACCUAAUUGUUCAAAUCACAUUCCUAUUAAUGGGCGGCAGAUAGCCUAGCGGUUAAGAGCGUUGUGUCAGUAACCAAAAGGUCGCUGGUUAGAGCCGACUAGGUGGAACAUCUGUUGAUGUGCCCUUGAGCAAGGCACUUAACCCUAAUUGCUCCUGUAAGUCGCUCUGGAUAAGAGUGUCUGCUAAAUGACUCAAAUGUUAAUGUGUUAACUGUGUGAUAUCCCUGUGUUUUCUUGUAGAGGCUGGAGCGAGAGGGGAAAGAGAAUGAGGCUCUGAACAGGAUGAUGGCAUCAGAACAGAAGAGCUCCCUACUCAACCUGUUCCAGGAGAAGAACAGGCCCACACUCACCAAGUGGCCACAGGUAAUAACACUAGGUAGUACACGGCUAAUAACAGUUAAUAACAGCUAGUACACUGGUAAUAAAACUGCUAAUAACUGCUGGGACACUGGUAAUAAAUCAGCUAAUAACUGCUAGGACACUGGUAAUAAAAAGGCUAAUAACUGCUGGGACACUGGUAAUAAAACUGCUAAUAACUGCUGGGACACUGGUAAUAAAUCAGCUAAUAACUGCUAGGACACUGGUAAUAAAAAGGCUAAUAACUGCUGGGACACUGGUAAUAAAACUGCUAAUAACUGCUGGGACACUGGUAUUAAAACUGCUAAUAACUGCUGGGACACUGGUAAUAAAUCAGUUAAUAACUGCUAGGACACUGGUAAUAAAAAGGCUAACUGCUGGGACACUGGUAAUAAAACUGCUAAUAACUGCUGGGACACUGAUAUUAAAACUGCUGGGACACUGGUAAUAAAUAAUCUAAUAACAGCUAGGACACUGAUAAUAAAACAUAAGGCAGGGCUCUGUUCAAAAACCUAAAUAAUUCCUUCCUUCAAUUCUUAGAGUAGAUAUACUAUUGGAUGAACUGAAUAUAUUUGUUGACAUACUGAUGAACCCCAUCUUUGUUUUAGGAGACAGAUAUUCUCUACAUAGUUCCUCUGUUUUUUGUGGACGAGUGGAGAAGGUUCAUCAGGUAAGUCCUUUCCAAAUCCAACAGUUUGGAUGGUGAAGCAGUCCCAAAAAAGUCAAAGAUGGCAUGAAUGACUCUGUCUCUCUCUCUCUCUCUCUCUCUCUCUCUCUGUCUCUCUGUCUCUCUCUCUCUCUCUCUCUCUCUCUCUCUCUCUCUCUCUCUCUCUCUUUGUCUCUCUCUCUCUCUGUCUCUCUCUGUCUCUCUGUCUCUCUGUGUAGGAGGCCCGCUAAGACCACCCCAGUGUCUAGCGUAGGGAACAGUUUGCUCCUAUGUCCCCAUAGAGGCUUCAUGUUCACCUUCGACUCCAUGUUGAAGGGAGACGCCCAACAGUGAGUGACUUCACCGACCUCUGACCUCUCUUGACUCAAGUUGUUGUUUUCAUGUUGUGUUUUAUACAGUACUUCUCUGGUCUUUAUCAUCCAUCCCUCCUGGUCUCAUGUUGUGUGCUGUUCCCUCUGCACAGUAUAGCUCUUCUCUGGCCCGACGAAUGGGAGGUGAUCAGCAGACACUUCCUGGUUGAUCAGCCAAUCUCCAUCUGCCGGAUCAGCGAGGCCACGCCCAACGGCUCCAAUGUGGAGUACACCACCCAGCCUGGUGAGAUUCGAGCCCACGUGAUUUUCCCUUGACUGUGUGACUGUUGUUCUGUUCUGAUUCUUUGAGAACUGCAGAGGAACUGUUUGACUGUGUUGUGUGACAGUUGACUGUGUGUUUGUGUGUGACCAGAGCUGUGUAGGGACUGCAGAGAAGGCUUCAUUUUCCAGCAGCAGAGGGAUAUGAGAGAGUAUGCACAAGCCACAGUCUACGUACGCAAGGUCAUGGACGACAAGAGGGUGAGUCCCUUUCUCGCUCCCCCUUCUACCUCUUUCUCUCUGAAGUAAAUAUGUCUGUCAGAGUGUAAUAUGUAAAUAGUAUGAAUCUCCAGAGAAGAAUACAACUCUGUCUUCCUCUGUAGUUAAUGAAGGAUGCAGCUCCUGAGAUGAAUGUGAGUGGGUCGGAGGCAGAGGAUGAGAGGGAGGAGCCUGUUGCUAAGGUGGAUGGAGAGCGAGACCCUGACUUCAGCCAGGUAGGAUACAACCCGCUCACCUCAGUUACACUUUUUAUGGCUCAUAAGUCUCUAAGAAUCACAUUUUUGAGUAGUUUUGUGGAAACUAAGCCAUUUACUAAUAAUGUAAAAGUGAGAAGUGCUUUAGAGGAUGAUUGACAUGGAUUUUGCCCAAUGUUGCCCUUGCUUCCUGGUCACAUGACCCUCUCUGUCCAGUCAGAGGACGGGGCGAAGCGUCAGAAGCUGAGUGACGGCACCAUCGGUGCUGCGUCAAGUCCCGCACCCAUGGCCAGUGGUGGCAAAUCGGGGAUCAGGAGGAGCACGAGGCACAGGAAGCUCCGGGGAGAGAAAGCACUCAUUGUCUCAGCCAAUCAGACGCUCAAGGAGCUCAAAAUACAGGCGAGGGGUUCAUAAUAAAUCAUCCUUGCCUUUGAAUCUAAGAAUUCCUGAUCCUAACUCUGGUGUGUUGUAAUGGUUCUCCCUCAGAUCAUGCACGCCUUCUCCGUGGCCCCUUUUGAUCAGAACCUAUCGAUUGACGGCCGGUGUCUAACGGACGACUCUGCCACCCUCGGCAGCCUAGGAGUCAUCCCAGAGAGCGUCAUCUGUCUGAAGGUACAAACACUCCCCAUUAGAUUAUAAACUUGAACUUUUUUGAAAGAUGCACCCAGCAUUGGACAGAUGGAUAUCUAAUGGGAAAGUGUACACGUCGUCACGUGAUUACUGGAGACGAUCAGCGAAUAGUUCUUGAAGUUGCUCAUUCCUGAAGCUGUGGUUUUUUACUUUUUCUUUCAGGCUGAUGAACCCAUAGCAGAUUUUGCCGCAAUGGAUGAUGUUUAUCAGGGUAUGUUUAUUUUUGUCUCUUUACAUAUUUUUUUCAGUUUGUUCUUUCGUACACCCAGGAAUUCCUUUUUCGCGGUCACCUAUGAAUUGAAAGAUCCCAUUUUCAAACAACUGUUUCUGUGUUCUCUUCUCAGUGUGUAUGCCUGAAGAAGGAUUUAAAGGUAAGGAAAUUUUCUGAUCACUAUCAUGCUUAGACAAUGGUCGUGACCGAAUACCCAUACUUUGAGUAGUAUGUGACGUUUUGAAAAUCGAGUAUAGUUUAAAUGCCCUGAUGCCAUACUAAUUUUGGCUUUGACAACAGCUGAUAAUAAGGUAUGGGGAUGUGCUACCGAAAUUAACCAAUAACCCGAAACAAUGCAAUCGCGCACGACGCAUUCGCAAUAUGCGAAAAUAUCAAGUUUUAUAGUAUGUACAUUUUCGAAAAUAGUGUUUUAAAUGGCAGGAUGUUAUACUCAUUUCUGCUUUUCAUCUAGUAGAAUUUGAUGCACACUUUUCCACGAUUCAUUGGAAGAGGUGCGCUGCGAGUUCCCUUCCAAGUAGCCAAACAACAAAAAUAGGCUACCUAUUUCAUUUAUUGAUCAAGCCUUAGCAGUCAUUCUGAUCUCGUUCCCAAUGAUCAGUGCUUUAGUAUAUUAUGUUGCUGUCCAGCGGUUCUAAAUUUGCGAUUCACCAAACUGUCUUUUUUUUUUGUUCAAUAGCCUUUUGAUUUGAAACAUUUUGGUGUAUGUACUAGGCUAUUUAAUUUAAUUUAUGUAUGUUACAGCACUUUGGUUUCACUAAUAAAUAUGUUGAAAUGGAACCAAAUGAUCUGUUUCUGUCUUCAGUCCUUUUUAAAUAGGAUAGAUGGGCUACAGUAUAGGUGGAAUGUGAUAGUCUGCCUAUAACCAGCCUGAGUAGCCUAUUACUCCAUUCCUAUUCUAUUCAGAGUUUGGAGAAAUUAAUAGAAUUGGAAAUGAGCUAUUAUCAGGCUGGUUAAUGCGAUGCAGGUCGGUUGAAUUUGGAAAAAUCCACCCUCACUCGGCCCCGCCCCACCUACUCAGCCAAUCAGGAGCCACUACUGCGUUGCGGCCGUGGCAUACGGCAUACUUUUUACUAAACGGUAUGUGCUAAAUAGUAUGCGACAAUGAGUAACAUAGUAUGCAGUUUAAGUAUGUGGUAUGCUAGUAUGGGUAUUCGGACAUGGCCAAUGUCUACGUGCUUGAGCUGCAGUAUGUUAAAUUUGACCAGAUUUAUCGAUUUGUAUGUCAAUGUUGAUAAAACAUGCGUAUGUAUCCGUUUAGGCACUGGGCUUCUUGGCCACUGAAGAGGACAUAAGUCGCUGCCCUCGAAGCGGACUGAAGCUGGACAACAAGAAUAAAAUGCUUGAAUUAGUGUCCAUAAAUGGAGAAAAAGUGCUUUAAUUUUUUUUCUUUGUUUUUAUAUUUUAAACUGUGACUAUGUUGCAAACCCUUUCUUUAUCACUCAGUUCAAAAGUAGCGGCUGGCUUUUAAUAUUUAAAGACGUUUAUGCAUUCUCUGGGACUUUGUGGUCACUCUCUCUUUGCCCGGACUGUGAGUAGAAACGGGUCAUUAGUCGAGUGGCAUCUUCCAAUGUGGAGCCCAAACUUCUCUCUUCUGUCUGCUUCCGUAGGCUUCUGAGAGGAUAGGCCCAGUCGUAGAAGGUGCCCAUUGUAUUUCGAUUGUAGGACAAAAUUUUCCUUGAAUUUUACAAGAGAAAUUUUUUCGUUCAAUGGAAUCUUGUGGUCAUAUUUAAAGAAUGCAUAGUACAUAUUUAAAUAAUGCAAAUGUUAAAUAUUGAAUAUUGUAACUGUUUGGUGGUUUAACAACCUCAACAAAGUUAACAAAAUACUCCCUUGUGACAUUUAGAAGAAGAAAAUAUGUAUAUUUCUUAAAUGAGUAAAGAAACAUUACAAAUUUAGAUUAGAUUUGUCAGAAACAGAUGCAGGCCUUAGUGUGAGCUGUUCUUUUCUCUCUUUCAUAUGGGCAAUAAAGUUAUGUUUUCUUCUAAUUUGAAUGUACAGAUUCUCACACAUUAAUUGUUUUGGACUUAUUUGUGCGCUGUAGAUAAAUACAAUGGGCGGUUUCCCCGACACAGAUUUAAGCCUUUGUCCUGGAAACCGCCCCUCUGACCACUAUGAUAUUGGAUUAAGUAAGUAUAGACUCAUUUUGUAUUUCAUUCUCUAAUAUACACAUUAAACCAAGUCUGGAUGUAUUGUACUGCAGCUACAAGAGCGGAUGGUUGGUGUUUGUAGUUUUAGUACUGCUAUUUGCAUACAUUCUUUAGCAAUUGAAGAAAAAAUUAUUUCACUCAUUUUGAUUUCUCAUAAGUGAAUAUACAUUGAGCACAGUUGAGUUUUCCUUAAGCACUGAUCUUGGGUCAGUCAGGGUUGUGUAGGGUAAAAAGUAUGUGUGGCCAAAGAGGAUAAACUGAUCCCAGAUCUGUGUCUGUUAAUGUGAUGAUUUAACAAAAUGCCUUUUGGAGCAUGCAGUGAGUAAUGGGUAACUGCAUACUGGCGUGUGUCUGGAAGUGGGUGUGUCAACAGAAGUGUAUGGAAAGCUGAUUCAAAUGACAUGUGGAGAAUGAUAGGCUACAUUUGCAUCUGUUGGCAAUCAAGUAGGCUAUUAAUUUCUAUGCCAUUGCAGGCUACUGUAGCCUACCAUUUGAUACAAUAAAUAUAUUGAAAUUAAGAUAUCAGUCAUUGCAAACCAAUUUGUGCCACUUGCCGGCAAACUGAUUUAAUAA